CCAAUGUUGGGUUAAGUUGCAGAUGCACAACAAAGAAAGGGAAGAAAUGUGACAGCGGGGCACCCUGGGUGCUAACAGGCAGAGAUACGGUUGUAGGAGUUACAUGCAACUAACGCUGUGAGAGUGAUCAGGCCACCAUGCGGCUCUGGAGAAUGAUCAUUGUUGGCCUCAUCUACUGCUGCAUCAGGACAGGUGUCACGCGACAUCGGCCUAAAGCCCUGUUCCCAGCUGCAAGCAGAACAAAAAGGGGGACAGCAACUGGGGUGAACCCCACCUUCCACAACUCCUUUGAUGAUGUUCAUCUAUUAUUUGAGAUCCUGCUGGCUGGUAUACAUUUUGAGGCCAGUGGAGGGUUUUUAGUGCAAGAUGCUGAGCUGGCUUCCCUCCGCAAGACAAGAAACCUGCAAGUUAUCUGUGAGGAGAUCAUUCCCAGGAAGCCAACGGACAUAUUUAGGCUCACCUCUGCCCUUUCAAAUCAAAUUGGUCACAUGCAUCAGGACGACUUUGAGCGCACCCUGUUGACCCUGGUAUACACCGCCCAGCGGAUGGUUAAUUCCACCACUGAACACCAACAAGAUGUGUGGGAAGAGUCUUUUGUUAGUUUGUACAGAGCCAUCAAGCAGGAUCUGACAAGAACAAAUUAAAGAGAUACUGGUGCUGCCACACAAUGUUGGACUUUACUGUGCAUUGAGGAAACAUUGCAUCUUACAUGCUGGCAGGCUAUAAGGAGCCUGAGAGAAAAUUCCUGUCAGAAACUGCCACAAAUAGGUAAAGUGCAUGGACUGAUAAUGACACAAUUACUAAAAUGUUGAGCAAUAUACAGCAGAGUUAAU